AUCGUGUUCAAAUUUUCAAAAGAUAAUGAUAAACGAAAAGAACAUUGGUGGGGGCAGUACAGUCGAAUGUCGAUAAGGUAAUGGCGGCAAUGUCUUUUCGCUAUAAUAAUUAUUAUUUUUAUUAUUAUAAUUUAUUAUUAUUAUUAUUUAAAUCUAAAUAACUGUAUAAAAUGAUCAUGUCUACAGCUCUGGCAGUUACUAAUAUUCAGAACUUCACGAAUCAAUCGUCGAAACACUUUCACGUGCGCUUAACGCUAAAUUAUUCCGAUAUAUUAUUAUUAUAUCGUUCAAAAUAGUUUCUUCCGUGGUUAUUUACUUUUUUUUAUAUUGUAUAAUAUUUAUCCGUUAAGACCUACAUUGUUUUUUUUUUUUUAAAACAAUUGCUAACAUGGCAACACGAUCUGUAGUAUUGGAGUUGAACAAACGUUAUUUCAUUGAAGACAAAUUUCUAGCUUUGGACUGUGUUUAUGAUCAAACUGUGAGUACUUGUCUAUUAACUAUGGUUAAAGUUUUUCAAAUAAUAAAAAAUACCACUGUAAUAAUUUCAUUUUUUUUUAAAUUUAAUUAAUGUUUAGAAAAUGAAACCAUUGCUUAAAGAUUGGAUUGGAUUGUAUCAGUGUGAAAAUAUAAAACUGUAUGAACCUCUAAUAUUUGAAUAUGUCAUGGAUCAUCCAACAAUAGAUGGAAAUCGUUUUAAAAUUAAAUUUCUUCCACAACUUUUUGCUAAAUAUAUUCAUUGUUCCCGUAAAUACCAGUUUGUUUAUGUGGAUUCCUAUUUCAAGGUAAAAAAAAAAUGUAUUUUAUUUUUUAUAAUUGUAUUUUUAAUCUAAUCCAUAUUAAAAGCUAAUAUACUAUUUUGGGGAAUUAAAACUUAAAAUAAAUUCCAAUUUGUGAAGAUCAACUAUUCUGUUUAAUAAAUACGGGAAGGUAAUUAAAUUUGUUGUCAGUUGUGUAAAAGGAAAUAAAAAAGUAAUUUGUUAAUAACAUUUAAACAAAAGUAUUAAAUAUAAUUUAUUAAAAAUGUUUAUAAGUAAAACUAAAGUUAAAAUUAUUUAUAUAAUAUCUAAUUUGGUAGUUGUAAUCAGUAAAAAUACCAGUUAUACAACACAUUUAAUGAAUCAAUUAUGAUUAAAUUUCAGAACUAAUAGUUAUUUUUUGUUCUUUAUGUAAAUAUAAGUUAGUUAGUUUUUAAUAUUAAAAGUAAUCAUAUAAUUUUGUAUACUAAAUAUUAAAAUACAAAAAUUAUUAAUGAAUUUUAAUGUUUUAUAUUGUAUUAUAAUUUAUUUUAUUUGUAGAUUAUUGCAACUAGCGAUCCAAUUGAAUUUGUGCAUAAGAAUGAUUGUGCCUGCAAUAAUACCCUUAAGCAAACAACAAAUUACAUGAUUCACACAAAAAUGGGACAGGUUAGUAAUAAAAUAUAUAUUAGUGGUUUAAAUUAUAAUGUAAAUAAACAAUUGUUUUACGUUACUGUAAUCUUAUUCAAAUUUAGAUAAAGUAAAUAAAUGUAUAUAUAAAAAUAAAAUAAAUAAAUAAAUCAAUGUGUUGCUUGGGGUAUUAUGAUAAAUAUAUUAUAUCACUGAUUUUGAAUUAAAAGUUCAUCAUCAGGUAUAUCACAGUCAAAAAUGACGAGAGAGUGAGGAGAGAAGCUACCCAGCAGUAACACUCAGAAAAAAUAAAUAUAAUUUUAAUAAAGUGUUUGUUUUUAAUUAUAAUAAAGUAAAUAAAUAUAGUAAUACCUAUAGUAUUCCUUCGUUUAAUUUUUUAUAUUCAGUCACGUUUUACACUUUGACUGUGAUAUACCUGAUAUGAAUUUCUAAUUUGAAACCAGUGUUAUAAUAAUACUCCAGGCGAUACAUUAAUUAAUUAAUUUAAUUUUUAUAUAUUUAUUUACGGGUAUUAAUAAUUUUAAUAAUUUUGUUUUUACAUUAUUAAUUUAUUAUUUUUCAAAUUUUAGAAUUGCAUAAAUAAGUUAAAAAUGUUAUACCAAUUAUAAACUAGAACUAUGUUUUAAUUAACAUAUGAUAAGAGACAUUUUCAAGACAUUGUAGACAGGACGACAAUUUAAAUAUUUUCAAUAUACCUAUUUUUAUGUAUGUUUUGAAACUUAGGAUGUUAAUAUUGUAAUUCAACGUUUAAAAUAUCUUGAAGAAAGACUGUUGGAAUAUGAAAAAAAUAAAAAUGAAGCAAUUCAACUCAAUGAACAGCUGGUAAAUAAAUUGAAAGUGUGUGAAAUGCUUCGAUCUAGAGGUGAACAAUUUAUUGAUAAUCUAUACAAUGCACUCGACCAAGGAAAACCAGUGAAGUUAAUAAACUCCAAAGGACACACUGUAAGAUUAAAACAAAAACUAAAUUUCUUUUUAUAAUAUAAAAUUAUUAUCUAAUUAUUUUUAUUUCAUGUAUUUGGCAAAAUAUUUACCUAUUAAUUAUUUUGAUAGUGUGUAGUUAAAUCCUAUUAUUCAGCUCUUAAAACAAUGUUUCAAAUUAAUUAUAGCGUUGGAUCAAACGCAUGCAGACGAAUGAAAUAAAAAACCAUGUGUUAUCUACCAAAACUGUUCGAAAUGAUGUAUAUUUGACAGCAAUCAUAAAUUCUCAAGAAAAAGAGUUGCAGAGAUUAAAAAUCAUCAACAAUGAACUUAAUCAUAAACUUUCAAACUAUAAUGUGAGUUUUAUUUACUUCAUACUUGUAAAUAAUGUUUUAAAGGUAAUUCAAUUUUAAAUUUAGGAAUUGGUGAUGUAUAUUUCUGAACCGGACAAUCUGUACAAAACUGGUGCAUCAAAUGCUACCACUCAAAUAAAAUCAAUUACUUCUGCAGUAGUCAAAUCAGUUGAUGAACUUGAAAUCAGUGAUGACUACUGUGAGUAAAAUGUAUUCUAUCUUAUAUACUUUUUUUUGUUUAUAUAUAUAUAUAUUUUUUUUAAACCGACCUAUUUGUUCUUCCUGUUAUUACUGAUUUUACAUUUUAGUUUAAAUACAG